UUCUCAUUUUGCUUUGCGAUGCUAUACCAGUUAAAAACAAAAUCAUUCAAGAACAAGUUGUUUAAAUUUGUUUUUCUAAGAUCAUGCCUGCGUCUUCCAAAAAUGUCUACUUGGAAUAGUUUUGAAUGUGAACUAUAGAGGUUGCAAUUUUAAAGACUGACAAAAAAAAAAAAGGUACCAAAAUUUGUGUAGAUUGUGCUUAACAUGCGGCACAAUUAUGUCUGAAAACUGGGUUUUCGACGAAGCUUGUCGGUUUUAUGCUUCUGGUUCAUGUUGAGUUAGAGAAAUUUGGAUAUUUGAGAUAGAUGUUGGGAUUAAGCAACAAGAUGGCUGCUCGGUCAAAACGAUGGCGGUUGGUAUUGACAGGUUUUAUAUUGAUUGGUUUUCUUGCUGUGGAUUCAGUGCUUGUUGCAUCAGAACCAAGUUUGAGUCACGAAGAUUCAAGUUACAACGAGACUCAAGAGAACAACUAUGUUCGGAAAGCAUUGAAGUUCUUAGAGCUGAAAAGUAAACCACUUUAUGAACAUGAAUGGCCAGAAAUGAGAUUUGGCUGGAAAAUUGUAGUGGGUUCAAUACUUGGAUUCCUUGGAGCAGCAUUUGGCAGUGUUGGAGGUGUCGGUGGAGGCGGUAUUUUUGUUCCCAUGCUUGCCUUGAUUAUUGGGUUUGAUCCCAAAUCAUCAACAGCGAUAUCAAAAUGUAUGGUUACUGGUGCAGCGGCUGCAACUGUGUGCUACAAUAUAAGGCAAAGGCAUCCUACACUGGAAUUGCCUCUUAUUGACUAUGACCUAGCACUUCUGUUUCAACCAAUGUUAGUUCUGGGAAUUAGUGCUGGAGUUGGCUUCAAUGUGAUCUUUGCUGAUUGGAUGAUCACAGUUUUGCUAAUUAUUGUCUUCAUAGGCAUGUCAACUAAGUCAUUCUGCAAAGGUGUUCAAACAUGGAAGAACGAAACCAGAAAGAAAAACGAAACUGCAAUACAGCUAGAAUUAAAUGGCAAUGCUAAUGAAAUGGUGGAAAUCCAAUCUCAACAUGAAGUUACUCCAAGUGGCACCCAAACAGGAAACAAAGAAUCAGGAAAAUCAAAGGUGUCUCUUAUUGAGAAUAUAUACUGGAAGGAGCUUGGACUUCUCAUUGUUGUUUGGAGUUUAAUCCUUGCUUUACAGAUUGCUAAGAAUCAUUCAAAAACCUGUUCACUAGAAUACUGGGUAUUAAAUUUCUUGCAGAUCCCAGUAGCUGUUGGAGUAUCUUCAUACGAGGCAAUCUGCCUGUACAAAGGGAGGAGAAAAAUUGCAUCAAAGGGGGAUGUUGUCUCAAACUGGCGAGUACACAAGCUUGUGAUUUACUGUGCCUUUGGUGUGUUGGCUGGUAUACUUGGUGGGAUGCUUGGUCUUGGAGGAGGAUUCAUUUUGGGACCUCUUUUCCUUGAAAUGGGAAUCCCCCCUCAGGUGGCAAGUGCAACAUCCACCUUUGCCAUGUUAUUUUCAGCAUCCAUGUCAGUGGUUGAAUAUUAUCUUCUGAAAAGAUUUCCAGUUCCUUAUGCUCUUUACCUGGCUGGUGUGGCCACAAUUGCUGCAUUUGUUGGGCAACAUGUAGUGGGAAGAGUCAUCAAAAUACUCGGGAGAGCAUCAAUAAUUAUCUUCGUUCUAGCUGGGAUGAUCUUUGGGAGUGCAAUUUCACUAGGGGGUUUAGGCAUUGAUAAGAUGAUCAAAAGAAUCGAAAGAAAUGAGUACAUGGGAUUUGAUGACAUUUGUUCGUAUCAGUCUUAGUAGCAAUGUGGAAGAGUACCUAAAACAAGAGGGAGAAGUAAA